UUUCGGUCUUAAUUGUGGUUAUUAAUUAAACAGCCCCGCUCAAAAUAGUGAUUGCCGCCAGGUGGAGAUCGGUAUUUAGUGGUGCUGCCGGUAGUGGACUCUGAGGGGGUUCAGCGGCUGAUUGGGAAUUUGUGGGACUAGUGAUUGAGCGUGUCUGUGUGAUUCUGCGUCUCUCAGAGUCACGGAUUGGGGUCACAUGGAUAUCAACGGUUGGGUCCUGAAGGCAGAUAUCCAUUUUUAGGGUUAUUUUGGAUCAGUGUGGGGGUUGUAGUGGGCUACUGUUAGGAGCCUAUUUGGUAGCUUGGGGAGCAGAUGGCUCGCGACCAGUGAUUGGGGCUCCAGCCCUGAAUAAUAAUAGUUUGCAUUCAGGCUGCACUCCACACAUACUGUGUGCUGGGUUUUCUUGUAUGGGUUUUAUGCAUGUAAGGAUAUGAGAGUCAGGGGAGAGUUCCCAUCCUCCCCCCGGAGGUUUUGUUUCCACCCUUGGAUCUAUCUGGUGAAUGGACUUCAGGCAGUUUAUAUUCUCUACUACUGUCUUUUAGCUAGCUAAGUACUUCAAGCCGAAGUCUCUCAAAAACCCUUUCUCAAAGCUGUGCCUUUUCCCUUUGCCUGUCUUUCAAUCCAUGUGCUCUCUGGGUAAUUUCAACCACACUCAUUCUAUCAGCUUCCGCCUUUAAAAGUAUGACUUGCCAGUCUAUAGCACCAGCCCAGACAUUUCUAACACGCUCCAGAUUCACAGUAGACAACUGUCUCCACAUCUCUGUGAGGUUUACUCACAGGAUCUCAACCUUAACGUGAUGGCAGUAGACAAUAUCAUCUUCCUUCUCCAUACUUCACCUGCUAAUCCUACUAUGUUCAUCAUUAUGAAUAACGUCACUCACUCAUCUUCUAGAUGGCCAUAGUACAAAUCCUGGAGACAUCUAGUUUUCUCCCCACCCUUCUCCCUAUGUUGGAUCAAUCUUCUGAUCCUGGUGAUUUUGCCUCCCUGACAUCUCUCCAGUUUGUCCUCCCCCCCAUUCCCACUGCCAUGGUCUUAGUUCAGGCUUCAUCAUCCCUUGCCUUAAACUUCUAUCAGGAAAACCCAGUGUCAGAGUGUUGGACACUAUGGGCAAGUCAAAGGAAGGAAUAGCUGAGUCUAUCCAGGAGACAUUUGAAAAGGCUUUCUAGAGGAGGUGACAUUUGAACUGAGCCUAUACAUUUGAAGUGGUCCUAUAAGUCUAUGGAUGAAAGUGACUGUUACAGCUUAUUGAAUUUAUUGAGCUAGUGAAUUGUGCCCUUUAGAACUUCCUUGAUAUGAGUUUGGGUUAAGAGGUCAGUAGAAUAACAGCUGCUAAAAAGUAACAGUUUAUUCUAGAAAAACUGGAAAAUGAAAAUGCUAAAUAUAACCCAAUAGAAAUCACUUGUAAUUCUACCACCCAAAGGUAACCAUAACAUUUUGAUGUAUGUCCUUUCACACACUUUUUUUCUUUCAAAUAUAUUUCUUUUCAAUAUAUUUGUUGUUUUAUAACCUAUUUUCUUGCUUUGUAAUACAAGACCCUUUUUCCAAGUCUGUAAAUACUUUUCUAAGAUAAUUUAAUGGCUGUCUAGUAUUCUAUACUUUGAUAACCGAUGUAACCAAUCCCUAUUGUUGAACAUCUAGGUGGUUUCUACUUUUUAAGUGAUCAAACAGCAUCGUGAUGAAUAUCCUUGCAGAUAUAUCUUUAUGUACAUCCAUGCUUAUUUUUUUAGGAUAAAUAUCUAAUUAUAGAUUUAUGGGGUCAAAGGAGGAGAAACUUCUUAAACAUACAAUGGGAUACACAUCCACAAAGAUAAAACAGAUCAUGGCCUGACCCUUUCAGAACUGUAAUAGGUUGAUGUUAUCACAGCAUAAUCUUUUGUGGUCCCUCAAAGGAAACUUUGAAAGGGGCAGUCUCUGAAAGGUAGUCUUUUAUGUAGUUGGUUAUAGGAAUUUCUAGGCUCAUAGUUCUGGGAAUCACAGGGCAGGCCCAGAUUCUCAAGGUGGUCUUCUUUUUAUCCCCUCCCUGCCCAUCCCAGCUCUGUCUUUACCGAUAUCUGCACCUUCUGAAGAGCAACAGAAAAUGACCAAUUCUCAGGAUGUCAGUCUCUGAAGUCAGAUGUAAUCUCAUUGAAGCGAGGAGAACCAUGGAUGAAGGAGGAAGAAAUCUCAAGUUGGGCCUACUCAGAGCUCAAGAGUGAAGUAACAUCAUUUACACUUGGGCUUUUUUCAGACUUUUGUAUUAGACCCAAGAUGAAAGAAUUAACACCAUGGAAGAGCAUUUCUGAACAAGUGAUACUUCAUAACAUGAUUGUAUACUCAACUUUUGAAGACUGGAGACUUGAAGAUGAGAUAAAUCACCAGGAAAACCAAGACAAGCUUUUGAAUCAAGUUGCAUUCAUUAGCAAUAAGCCACUAACUGAGGAGAUAGAUCAUGAAUGUAACAAUGUACUGGGGAAAGGGAUUCAUCUAAACAGAACAUCUAAUGAACACAUCGGAGCCUUCAUGCAGAAGUCACACCUCUUUGUACAACCAAAAAUUCUAACCAGUGAGAAAUCAUAUAAAUGUAUUCAGUGUGGGAAGGCCUUCAGUGGAAAGUCAGGACUCAUUGCACAUCAGAGAAUUCAUACUGGGGAGAAACCAUACAAAUGUAAUGAAUGUGAAAAAGCCUUUAUUCAGAAGUCACAACUCACUGUACAUCAGAGAAUUCAUACAGGAGAGAAACCCUAUAAAUGUGGUGAGUGUGGGAAAGCAUUCAUCCAGAAGUCAAACCUCAUUAUUCAUCAGAGGAUUCACACAGGGGAAAAACCCUAUGAAUGCAAUGAAUGUGGGAAAGCUUUCAUCAAGAAGUCAACACUUAGUAUUCAUCAUAGAGCUCAUACUGGGGAGAAACCAUAUGAAUGCAGUGACUGUGGAAAAGCCUUCAUCUGGCAGUCACAGCUCGUUGUACAUCAGAGAGUUCAUACUGGGGAGAAACCCCAUGGAUGUAAAGAGUGUGGCAAAGCCUUCAACAGGAAGUCAGAACUAAGCGUACAUCACAGAAUUCACACUGGAGAGAAACCCUUUCAGUGUAGUGAAUGUAAAAAAGCCUUCAUUAAAAAGUCAGAUCUCAUUGUACAUCAGAGAACUCACACUGGGGACAAAAGGUAUCAAUGCUGUGAUUGUGGGAAAGCCUUUAUCCGGAGCUCACAGUUCAUUGAACAUCAGAGAAUUCAUACUGGGGAGAAACCCUAUGAAUGCAGUGAAUGCAGAAAAGCUUUUAUCCAGAAAUCACAACUUACUGUUCAUCAAAGAAUCCAUACUGGGAUGAAGCCGUAUGAAUGCACUGAGUGUGGAAAAGCCUUUAGUAAGAAGUCACACCUCACUGUACAUCAUAGAAUACACACUGGAGAAAAACCCUAUGAAUGUAGUAUUUGUAGAAAAGCUUUCAGCAAGAAAUCUACUCUCACUGUUCAUCAGAGAAUUCAUAUGAAACAGAAACCCUUUUAAUGGAAUGAGAAAACUUAAAUGAUUAAAAUUUCAUCACACAUCAUAGAAUUCACAAAGUCUAAAGACUCUAUGAAUAUACUAAACAUGGGAAGCCUUCAACAAUAGCUCCCAAACUAUUAAGCACCAGAAAAUCCAUACUGAGAAGCAAGUUUGAAAAAUCAUGUAUCCAAAAAAUUAUAUUGGACAUCUUGGUUCAGCCUAAUAGUAAAAGUUUUUUAAGUAUGUAGAAAAAUCUCAACCAUAGGUGAUUGGCUUGAUCACUUGUGGUGCAAAUUUUUUAAACGACUGAGCUACCCAGGCAUUCCAAGGUACAAAUUUUUUUAAUGAGUGAGUACAGUUGAUCAUUGAACAACAUGGAUUAGGGUCCCCCUGUGCAGUUGAAAAUUCAUGUAUAACUUUUAACUCUCCAAAAACUUAACUACUAAUAGUCUAU